UUUCCCAACACUAGGGUCACGCUAAGGACCCAUUACACCUUAUAGGGGUCUACUGCCCCGAACAAAAUGGAUCGCGAUAAGCUUAUGAAGAUGGCCGGUGCCGUGCGCACCGGCGGCAAGGGCUCUGUCCGGAGAAAGAAGAAGGCCGUGCACAAGACCACGUCCACUGACGACAAGCGCUUGCAAAACACCCUCAAGCGCCUGGGCGUGAACACCAUCCCGGGCAUUGAGGAGGUGAACAUCUUCAAGGACGACACUGUCAUCCACUUUGUCAACCCUAAGGUGCAAGCGUCCAUUGCCGCCAACACCUACGUCAUCAGCGGCCCGUCGCAGCAGAAGAAGAUCCAGGAGCUCCUGCCCGGCAUCCUUAACCAGAUGGGGCCAGACAGCCUGAUUCACCUGAAGAAGAUGAUGCAGCAGCUGGGCGGCAUGCCCGGCGGACUUGCCAACAUGAUGGGCGGCCUUGGAGGCCUCGGCGCCGCAGCUGCUGCCCCUGGCGCGGCUGCCGCUGCUGGCGGCGACGACGAGGACGUGCCGGAGCUGGUGGACAACUUCGACACCGCGGAGUAAGCCCCCCGCUGGGGCCCCGGGCGCGGAGGGCGACCUGCUGCUGCCCUCCCCGCCGCAUCCCUUGAAGGAAGCAGCAGCAGGGCGGCGAGCGGCUGUUCUUCUUCCCACGGCAGCGGCAGCAGUAGCAGCAGCAGCCGGUGGUGUUGUAGCAUGGUGCGAGGGACGGCAGCUCCCAUGGUGUCCAGUUUUCCGCUUUGGAGGCGUUUUGCGUCAUGGGCUGGCAGCUGCGCCUGCGUGUGGGGAAGGGGCGGCCUGCUGAGGCGAUCAGACGACUGCAGUGGCGGCUGCCGCUAGUCAUGCCCCGAGUUGGUUGGCUUUGGCUGCAUUGCCCCCGGCCUGAAAAGGCCGUGGUGUGCUAAGGCACCUGGGAUACAUUCUAAUCCGCAUGUCCAGGCAGCGGAACGUCACCAACGCAAUGGGCCGUUGGGCAGUUGAUUGGUUCGCCUGAAGCGGGCCCUGACAGGCGAGCCACGCAGCGUGAGGGGCCAUGCUGUUUGCGCUGUAACUGCAUGCAAACUGACCGG